AUGGUGUACAAACAGCACGGCCGUGAGUACGACAUAGUUGUCUUUGGAGCCACUGGGUACUCUGGAACGUUGACGGCGGAGCACAUUGCCUCAAAAUUUCCUCCAGAGCUCAAAUGGGCGAUUGCAGGUCGUUCAGCUGAUAAACUCCAACAACUUGCUACUCGGUGCAAAGAGCUAGCACCAACACACAUCAGCCCAGCCAUCGAGGUCUGCCAAUUAGACGACAAGGAUGUCUCCGCAUUGGCACGAAGGACAUUCGCUAUGAUCGCAGCAGUCGGUCCCUAUGCGCUAUAUGGAGAGCACGCGUUCAAGGCCUGUGCUGAAUCAGGCACUUAUUAUGUCGACUGCACACCGGAGGUCCCCUGGACGCUGGAAAUGAUCAAAAAAUAUGAGGCUACAGCGAAAACGACAGGCGCUUGUAUGUUUCCUCAGUGUGCGAUGGAAUCUGCACCGUCAGACCUCCUUACUUGGGCCGUUGUCACCGAUGUCCGGUCGAAACUCUCAUCACAUACCGGCGAUGUGGUCGUGGAUAUGCAUGAGCUCCAGUCAAUGCCGUCUGGCGGCACAGUAACGACGUUUUUGAAUCUUUUCGACACAUAUUCUCUCAAAUUUAUCGGCCAAGCAUUGAAACCAUACGCGCUGUCGCCAGUUCCAAACGAGCAUAUGGCACCAAAAGGAUCCUUCUUGUCCGCCAUUACUGGCCAACGUACGAUAACAGGCCUUGGCCGCCUAUCAACAAGUGCGACUGGUCCACUAAAUACGGCAAUCGUACAUCGCACCUGGGGUUUGACAAAACAGGAAGAUUCCUUGAACGCUGAGUUCUAUGGGCCUAACUUCACGUACCAAGAGUAUAUGAACACUGACAGCUUCUUCAAAGGCGUGCUGGUGCACUACAGCCUGAUCAUCGGCGCUUUGUUCGUCCUAUUGCCUCCAUUCCGAGCACUGGUGAGAAAGGCCGUCUUCCAACCCGGUGAAGGGCCCGAUAAGGAAAAGGCAAAGAACGAGAUCAUCGAAUUCCGUGCUGUUGCCAUGCCCGAUACCAAGUCCGAAGGGGGAAAGCAGGUUUUUGGGCAGCUCCGCUUCCCUGGGAGCAUGUAUUACUUGACGGCGGCGCUGCUUGGACAAGCAGUUCGAACUUUGUUGGAAGUCGACUCAGGACGAUUGUCAGGAGGGAUAUACACUCCUGCCUGCCUCGGACGCGAGUAUGUUGACCGCCUAGAACAAGUUGGACUCAGUAUCAAAACGGAGGUGCAGAAUAUUCAAGACCCCUAG